ACCUCCUCACGUUUCUCCCUUCUUCCACCACGACGCAUAACGGGUCCGCAUCAACAGGCAGAAUAAGGGAGAGCUUUAUUCCUCUUCGGUUGGAUUAUAACGGUAUUGACACAUGCUACGGUAAUCCACUUUUAUAAUAAUAGCGCGUUUUCUAGUGUUUUAUCGUUUUGAACGAGUUGGUUCCCAUUUUAUCUGAAAUUAACCUUCUUUCUAUGGUUGUCAAAGUUUAUCUUGAUGCAACAUAGUGAAUUGACGCCCAAGAGGAAUCAAGUUAUUUAACGAUUUUCGACACAAAGCAGAAUAUUUGAUUACGGACAUGUAAGCAUUUCACCGUAAGGUCUACCUACACCUGUUAUAUUCGGCGCAUGUGACAAAUACAAAUACAAAUGGAUUUGAUUUGAUAUGAGGAACAAGCGAAGAGAGGGAGAAUCGAACAGCCUGCUACUUUCCCCAGCGGAAAUGAGCUCAGUCGGGGUUUUUUCCAUCUUUUAGAACAUGACGGGUUUCAGCCACUACUUGCGGCCGGUGGAACCCUGAAGGUUCUCAUUCCACAACCAAAAUCAUUUGAUUCGGAUGGAAUGUCAAAGUAACUCAAAUGGACUACAACUACACGGACCGCAGCGACGCGCAACAUAAUCAUCAUCACCACUGCGAAGGAGGCAUGGAAGGUGGCUUGGGCACACCCACGUCAUCAGCUGGCAGCUCCACCUGCAAGAGGCUCCAGCAGCACCGGCGCCCAGAGUACCUGAGGACAGAGUUACACAGGCUACAGAGCACCCUGGCUAGGGAGGAGGGGAGGACAGCCUGCCUGACCAACGGAGCAUCUGGUUGUCAUGAGAUGAACAGGCAGAACGGUCACAGUGAUGUCAUAAAGAUGAGCAACACCCUGAGACUACAUGUACCACCAGCUGGCUCAUGUGUCUCAGUCAGCCAGCAGCUCUCUCCUCUGGAAACAUCCAGCUCAGACGCAUACAAACCAUCCCUAAGUUACCAAAACAACCAUUUAAUUUCCUCCUCUCCCACUCCCCCUCAGAGUGACUUCAGGUUGACCCCAGGGUCAAUCCCCAUACAGCCCUGCCUCUUGCGCCCUAACCCCAGGUCUAGUUCUGCUGCCUCUGCAACUCAGUUCUGCCCUCCUAACUCCAGGACCUGUCCCUCUGGUUCCACUGGCUCCAGGUCACCCCAGUCCCCCCGGCCAACCUGCCACUCCAGGCCACCUCCUUCAGGGGACACUCCCUUCAGCUCCUCUUUCAGCUUCAUCCAACAGUCACUGAGCCUUGAUUCACUGAGCUCCAAUCACAGGACAGAAACAGACACCGCAGCUGGUGAGAGGCCCCCUGGCCUAAACCCAGACCCACAACCACUGAACAGGCCCCCUGGCCUAAACCCAGACCCACAACCACUGAACAGCUCCCCUGGCCUAAACCCAGACCCACAACCACUGAACAGCUCCCUUGACCUAAACCCAGACCCACAACCACUGAACAGCUCCACUAGUCUAGACCCAGACCCACAACCACUGAACAGCUCCACUAGUCUAGACCCAGACCCGCUGGAUCAGUCCUCAGCUAGGUCAUUAAGAACUGGAUCAGUCCCAUCCCACUCAGAACCACUGGAGUGGUCUGGAUCUGUCCCACUCUGCCAACCUGUAUCAGCCCCCCUUGGCCAAUUACCAUCCAGGACAUCUGGCUCCAGCUCCAACCAAUCACGACUAGGAGUUUUGGGUCUCUCUUUGGGGCUUUCUGUUUCAAAACUGUCAACUCCGAGUCGUGUCCAAUCAGAGCCAGGCUCCGUCCCUCUCAGCCAGUCAGACGGAGUACGGGACCGGCUCUCACCUUGGGUGUGGCAGGACCGCCACUGGGAAGGCCGGGAGGGGGCAGGACCACAUCUGCGGGCGGAGUUACCCUCCUCUGACCUGGCGGAGGUGGAGCCUGACUGUGACUCCUCCUCUCUGGACACAGAAGCCUCCUCCUCCAUGUCAGUAGCGGAGGACUCUGACGCUGCCACUCCCUCCUCCCUCACCUCAGGGUACGAGAGUGCCACGCCCACUACCGCCUCUGCCUCCUCCCUCACCUCAGGGUACGAGAGUGCCACGCCCUCUACCGCCUCUGCCUGGAAUGACUGCGUUCCAGACCAGGACCAGGGCUGGGACCAACUGGUCAAGAAGUACGAAGGUGUCCUUCAAGAUUGCCUGCACAACAACCGUACUAAUACUAAGAUUGAGUCCAUGAUGGGGAAGCUGCAGAGACUAAAGCAGAAGGCUAUCCUGGAGGAUGAGUAUGACUCAGCUGAGCGCUUUGAUAAGAAGCUGGAGGAGCUGUGUAGAGAGAGGAGCUCACUGAGGCUGGGUCUCCCCUCCAGACAGCCCAGUGUGGCUCUGUUCCUCCAGAGACUCAGAGAGGCAGUACACAGCGCCCUCGCCAGGAUGGAGGACCAUAGGGAAGAGGUGGAGAGGGAUGGAGGGGAAGUGGCUGAGGCCAUCCAGGGUCCACUGCAAAGGAGAGAGUGUUUGCUGCAGGAGAAACGCAUGGUGGAGGCGGAGAUGGCAGAGCUGCAGUGGAGGCUCGGAGAGCUGCAGUCUCGGAGUUGCAGCCUGGAACAGCAGAUCCAGCAGGAAGAGGAGGAGCUACAGACUGAGGAGGUUGAAGGACCCGCCCUGCGCAGCUGUAGCCACAUCCAGCUCAGAGACAUGGGCAAUGCCCUCAAUGACCUGGUAACAUCACAGAGCAGGACCAGGAUUUGUGUCUCUCCCCCUGAAGCCAUACUCAGACUCCAGGAUCAGGAGCAAUCACUGAGUCUGUCCAUUAAAGAUGCUACGGCUAAAGUAGUGAUGAGUCAGAGGUUGGGAGGAAGUCUGAGAAGGAAAGUCAGUGAGACAGAGACUCAACUCCUGGCUCUCCACGAAGCCAAGCUAGCCGCCAUCUCAGGUAAUGCCUUCAGCAGUGCUAAGGAGCUGAAGGCAGAGAUGAGAGCUGUCUACGGAGAAAGAGACAGGCUGGAGCUGCUAGUGAAGAGACUCCACAGCCUGAGUUUUGGUAACAGCCAGGAUCUGGCCAAGAUGAAGACACAACAACAACAGCUGAAACUGGAGCUGGAGGCCAGACAGGCCCAGCAUGAACUGACUCUGAAAGAGAAUGUUGUCAAGUACAUCGAGUUACUGGAAGACAGACUGCACAGUUGUGGCUGUCCCCCUCUGCAGCAUAUCUGGGAGGCUGAUCUAGAAGCCUGUCACCUCCUCCUCCGAGGCAUCCAGCUACGUACCCCCUUCUGUGGUGGUGCAGACCCUGCCACAGUGGUACUACCUAACCCCCAACCAGCCACUAAACAAGAAGCAGAUCUGCAGGAAUGUGCCAUGUUGACGGCUCUGGGGGGGCGCUGGUGCCCCGAGGCCAACCUACAGAACUCAGAGUUCACAAAGAAAUUGGAAGAGUUUUUAUUCUGCAUGGAGGAUGUUCACCCAGAGGAGGACAGUGACAGUGAAGCAGCAGGGCUAACAGCAGACCUGACUAUAGAGCUGACCGACCAGUGUGAGGAGAUCAGUGAUAGGCUGUUGAUUCUGGAGGAUGACCUCCAGACAGCCAUACAGAACAAAGACCAGGAUCUCACUCAGUCCCUGGAGCAGGAGGUGAGGGAGGUGAAGGCUACUCUACACACCAUGCUGAUACAGCUUAAUGAUGAGAAGGCGGAGGAGGAGAAAGAUAAUGAGAUCAUGGAGGAGGAGGAAGAGGAGGAGGAAGACCAGUAUUUCAGUGACAGCUGGGAGAUUUGAUACGGGGGUCUCAGGGUUCUCCUGUGUUUUAUGACCACUACAUUCCAGAGAGACCCUUUCUGGUGGCUGUCCUCUGACAAACCGCUGACCUCUAACCCAUGAACCUGCAAGACUCUGUGAGAGGUUGACAUCAGCAAUCAUAUUAAUUUACUGUAGCUCCAUCUCCUGUACAAUUAGACUCUGUUGUGUUGCUGGACAAUUCCAGAGAGACUGGACUAUAAACCACUAUCAGUUUUUAUAUAUUAUGGGAAGACACUUUGAUACAAAUCUAGUCAUUUCUAAAUAUGUUUAAGAUAGCAGUUAUGUCCAAGUUUGAUUUGGGAGAAAAACAUUGGAUUUUUAUAUAUAUAUAUAUAUAUAUAUACAGUGCCUUGCGAAAGUAUUC